UCACUCCACCCAUUUCAUUAGAAGUGAAAGUCAAAUCAAACUUCUCUGUGUAGUCUACAGCACGGUCACCACAAGGAGAGCGAGAGAGAGAGAGAUAACAUUUACACAAGCGGCGAAAGUAUGGAAGACAAAAAUAGAAAUUCUGCAAGUCAACAUUCAGACCAGGAACAUCUCAAGAAACAGAUGGAAAUGCAGGAAGAGAUGAAAGGACUAAUACAAGAGAUUGCUAGAGAAAGUUCAAACAUUGAUCUCAGGAUUGUGCUGCUGGGUAAAACUGGAUCAGGGAAGAGUUCAACAGGAAACACCAUCAUCGGCGACUCUGUGUUUAAGAGUGGUAUGUCAUCUAGGUCUAUUACUAGUAAUUGUCAACGACAUCUGACAACAGUGGAGGACAGAAUCAUCUCGGUGAUCGACACUCCAGGAAUGUUUGAUACGUCCAUGACUGAAGAAAAACUGAAAGCUGAAACAGAGAAGUGUGUCUACAUGUCUGUUCCUGGUCCUCAUGUAUUUCUGCUGGUCAUGAGACUGGACGUGAGAUACACAAAUGAGGAGAAAAACACAGUGAAAUGGAUUCAGGAGAACUUUGGAGAAGAAGCUACUCGAUACACAAUCAUUCUGUUCACUAGAGGAGAUCAGCUGAAGGGACAAACAUUAGAUGAUUUUAUCAGUGAAGAUAAUGAUCUCAAGGCUCUUAUUAAAGUGUAUCGUGAUAGAUAUCAUUUAUUCAAUAAUGAAGACAUGAAGAAUCGCUCUCAGGUCACUGAACUGCUGAAGAAGAUUGAGAAGAUGGUGAAGGAGAAUGGAGGACAGCACUACACUAACGAGAUGUAUAGAAUAGCCCAGGAUGAAAUUAAACGGGAGGCUCUGAAACAAAGAGCUAAAGGUUAUGUCAAAACAGCACUACUAAUAGGAGUAGGAGCACUAGUAGGAAGAGGAGCAGUAGCAGGAGGAAGAUUGGCAGCAGCAGCAGCAGUAGGAGCAGCAGUAACUGUUGGAGCAGCAGUAUUAGAUUAAGCAGGCUCGAGACUGUAAUACACAGUUACUCUAAAUGACAAAAAAAGAAAAUAAAUAUUCUUCUGAUAGCUGUAUGUGGAGCACAUCAUGUGACACAGUUGUGCUACCCGAGUUUGAGUCCUUGCUUGUGGUCCUUUUCACAAUUAUCCUGUUUCGCUUCCUGUCAAAUGCUUUCCUGUCAAUAUAAAUGUCAAAAAUAUGAAUAUGCUGUUUCUAAAUGUCUAAUCAGUUUUUUUUUUUGCAAGCACAUUCAGAUUUGAUUGAGGGACUGAGUUGUCUGUAAAACAUUUGCAAGCAUUGUAUUAAAUGUUUUAAUUAUUACAUCAA